AUGCGCCAAGUCUGGACUCCUGAGGAGGACCGACUCCUCGCCGAGGCGGUGGCUAAGGGUAAUCUUAAAUCUGACCAGCUAUCAGAAACACCAAACCAAGGGCCCGUCAGCUGGCACAAAGUGGCCUCGCAUCUCCCCGGGCGCAACAACAAAGACUGCCGCAAGCGGUGGCAUUACAGCAUCGCCAACACGAUACGCAAGGGCACUUGGAUGCGUGAGGAAGACGAGAGGCUUCGGGAAGCCGUGGAACUGUACGGUGCACGAUGGAGCAAGAUUGCCGAAGCUGUUGGCACGCGCAACGGUGACCAGUGCUGGAAGCGUUGGUACGACUGUCUCGACCCUCGCAUUGACAAGAGUCCAUGGACAGCAGAGGAGGACGCUAAGCUCCUGGCACUUGUCUCCCAGUACGGACGAAAUUGGUCCGACAUCGUACACCGACACUUCCCAAAUCGCACCUCCCUUGCCGCCAAGAACAGAUACAGCAUUCUCCGACGAAAGCAAGAGGGCUCUUGUUCA